UUCACUCUCGGUGCGGUAUAAAUAUGCGGCCCCGUCCUCCCAAUUGCUUCUCCUCUUUUCCCCUCCUACACUCACAUCAGUAACCAAAUAUGCCAUCUGUCGACACGCUCCCACAAGUCGGUGUUCAUUCCACCGCAACCAUUCUCAACAACCCAAACAACAACGACUUCGGCCGUCAGUUCAUCCAGAAGUACCUGUUGAACGAAGAUGUGCUUGUGCGCCACAAUGCCGCCGUUCCAACGUUGUACGAGGAUGGUUUGUUGGAGAAGGGCACCAUGAUCUCGUCUACCGGUGCGUUGAUGGCUUUCUCUGGUAAGAAGACCGGGAGAUCGCCAAAGGACAAGCGUAUUGUCGACGAAGAAACCUCUACCAACGAAAUCUGGUGGGGGCCGGUCAACAAGAAGGUUGACGAGCACACCUGGUUGGUGUCGCGCUCCCGUGCCAUUGACUACCUCAGAACCAGACAGAAGUUGUUCGUGGUUGACGCCUACGCCGGUUGGGACCCUCGCUACAGAAUCAAGGUCAGAAUCAUCUGCGCCCGUGCUUACCACGCGCUCUUCAUGAGAAACAUGUUGAUCAGACCUACCGAAGAGGAGUUGGCCAGCUUCGGAGAGCCGGACUUUACUAUCUACAACGCGGGCCAGUUCCCAGCCAACAUCCAUACCAGAGGGAUGACCUCCAACACCUCCGUGGAGAUUAACUUCAAGGCUAUGGAGAUGGUGAUUCUUGGGACCGAGUACGCCGGUGAGAUGAAGAAGGGGAUUUUUACCGUCAUGUUCUACUUGAUGCCGAUCCGCCACAAGAUCUUGACGUUGCACUCCUCCGCCAACCAGGGGGUCAAGGAAGGUGACGUGACCCUCUUCUUUGGUCUUUCCGGGACCGGGAAGACCACUUUGUCUGCCGACCCCCACAGAGAGUUGAUCGGUGACGAUGAGCACUGCUGGUCUGACCACGGUGUGUUCAACAUUGAGGGUGGCUGCUACGCCAAGUGCCUCGACCUUUCCGGCGAAAAGGAGCCGGAAAUUUACAACGCCAUCAAGUUUGGUGCCGUGUUGGAGAACGUUGUCUACGACCCAGAAUCGCGUGAGGUUGACUACGAAAAUCCAAACUUUACCGAAAACACCAGAUGUUCUUACCCGAUCGAGUACAUUCCAUCUGCCAAGUUGCCAUGUCUCGCGGACUCGCACCCAAAGAACAUUAUCUUGUUGACCUGCGACGCCAGAGGGGUCUUGCCUCCGGUCUCCAAGUUGACCAAGGCCCAGGUCAUGUACCACUUUAUCUCCGGUUACACCUCUAAGAUGGCCGGUACCGAGGAGGGUGUCACCGAGCCAGAGGCCACCUUCUCCGCUUGUUUCGGGCAGCCAUUCUUGGCCUUGCACCCAAUGAGAUACGCCCAGCAGUUGUCCGACAAGAUGGCUGAGCACAAUGCCACCGCUUGGUUGUUGAACACUGGCUGGACCGGUAACUCCGCCGCCAAGGGCGGCAAGAGAUGUCCAUUGAAAUACACCCGUGCUAUUUUGGAUGCCAUCCACGACGGCUCUUUGGCCAAGGCCGAGUACGAGACCUUUGGCACUUUCGGUCUCAAUGUGCCAGUCGCCAUUCCAGGUGUGCCAAGUGAGCUCUUGAACCCACAGAAGUCAUGGGUUGGCGGCGAGAAGGAAUUUGAGAAGGAGGUUAAGAACUUGGGUACGUUGUUUGCCGAGAACUUUACCAAGUAUUCCGACCAGGCCACUGCCGAGGUCCAGGCCGCUGGUCCGGUCUUGUAAGUACCAAACUGAUAAUUCAGUUCGUUUCAGGUAAUCGUAUUUAUUCAGUCAUUGUGUAGGGGAGGGUUGAUCGGGCUCCCGUAUGGUGGCUUUUCGUUACUCUUUAGUCGUACCAUCAGAAUGGGUAAAAGAUGCGUCUUCUCACUUUGUUUCUCUUGUCUAAUUCCGAAUCAAUGUGUGACGUCACUCUUUCGUAAUUCCAUGAUAUGCGUGAGUAACUUGUGCAAGCCACUUUCCUUCAUUUACUCGGAUUAUUAAGAUCUUAGUGCCUAUGUAUUUUCAUUUUUCUAGAAGUAUGCGA